UUUAAUAGGGACGUUAUCGACAGAUCAGUCCGCACUGGUGGUACCAUGUCGCCCUCUGCUGAUUUACUUCCGUAUUGGCGAAACUGAUAGAAAAAAGCGCGCUGAUUGGUUGAUUCGCCUUUCUCUUUAGGUAUGCUGCGUUCUAAUGCUGUUGGAAAUAUGAAAACUUCUACAUGAACGCACUUCAAACAGUCAAAAAAACGGGAAGUGCAGACCGGAAGUCCGUGAUUUAAUAUUAGUGGUGAGUUAGCAGAGUCUUGAAGUGAAUAUCUUAAAACAUUUCUCAAUAUUUGACAGAUUAAGAUUUACUUUUAUUAUUUUUGCGCUUUUCUUUGUAUUUUUUUUAUGUCAUUAAUUGAUAUCGUGCAUGCUCAUGGAUGUUUUUUGUUACAUACUUCACUUCGCUGAAAUCUAAUCUAACUAUGGCGUCCACGUCAGCGCGAGAAAUGAGAGUGUACAAUCAUAUUCGCAAUUUCCCACCACCCAAGCCGGAGCUUAUUGGGGACACCUGAAGGCAGCAUCGGUAUCUAUCAGUCCACUUCCCCUCCAGCAUCCCCACACGACACAGGGCUCACAGGCGACAGCAGUAUUGUGUAUGUUUGUGUGUGAGUGGGGGGAUCACCAGACACCAUGACCAUCAGGAACACCCUGCGGGAUCAUGGGCAGAGGUACCGACCUCGGAUGGCUUGUCUCAAGAAGGCGGAGAAGGUGCUGCUGGAGAUGCAGGACCCCAAAACAGGAGUGAAGUCACAGCCUCAGAGACUGGUUAUCACAACAAUACCACACGCUAUCACAGGUGAAGACAUCAUCGCGUGGUUAGUGGACAGAUUUAAAAUAGACACACAAGAGGCGAGGAGUCUGGGCUCUAUGCUGGUGGCGUUAGGAUACGUCUACCCUCUACAAGACCACAAACGCUUACUGCUCAAACCAGAUGCGUCUCUCUACCGCUUCCAGACACCGUACUUCUGGCCCACACAGCAGUGGCCUGUUGAGGAUACAGAUUACGCAAUCUACCUGGCGAAAAGAAACAUCCGUAAGAAAGGUGUCCUGGAGCUGCACGAGCAGGAGCAGUAUAACCGUCUUCACAAGUGGAUGAAUCAUAAAUGGGACUUCAUAGUGAUGCAAGCUAAAGAGCAGUACAGGGCUGCGAAGGAGAGGAAGAAACCGGACCGUGUGGUGUUUGACUGCCAGGAGAGAGCGUACUGGGUGGUUCACAGACCUCCGCCAGGGACAGUGAGCGCUAUGGACUACGGACUGGAUCGACUAACAGAUCCCAACGCAGACGAGGCCAAAACACCCGACUUCUACGACAGAAUCAUGAUCUUCACGCAGCAGUCCAUCAUGAGGCCCCGAGUGAAGUCGUCUGUGUCCAUUGGCGCAUUGGUGAAGUACUGCUCCACCUAUCACAGUCACGACCCUUUCCUCUCCAAGUGUCUUCCCAGCAACCCCUGGCUCACUGAUGAUGUCACGUACUGGACCUUGAACAUGCCCAGUGUGGAAAUACCAACGAAGAUGCGUGUGGAGAGGUGGACGUUUAGCUUCUCAGAGCUGCUCUCUGAUCCUCGAGGACGAGACGAUUUCAGACUCUUCCUGAAGAAAGAAUUCAGCGGUGAGAACCUGGCGUUCUGGGAGGGUUGUGAAGAUCUGAAGUGGGGCGAAGCUGCGACGAUGAGAGAGAAAGCAGAGCAUAUAUACAAGACAUUCCUGGCACGUGGUGCACCGCGGUGGAUCAACAUCGAUGGAAAGACGAUGGAAAUCACAGUGAAAGGCCUGAAACACCCACACAGAUACGUCCUGGACGCUGCCCAAACUCACAUCUACAUGCUCAUGAAGAAGGACUCGUACGGCCGGUACCAGAAAUCUCCCGUGUUUAAGGAGACGAUGAAGAAGGCCAUCUGUCCUGAGGAGCACAAUUUCACUGAUGCCCAGUUGGAGCAGAAUGCAAAGAAGAGACGGCCCAGUCUCAGUCCCAUCAUCCUCCGGCAGAUGGAGCAGGAGCAGAAGGCCAAGAUGGCCGCCAACGUUGACAUCACACAGCUGUGCCGCUUCACCACCCCUGUCCCCCACCUCGCCGUCUACUCUGGCAUCUCUGACUUCCCCACUGCCAACGCCUCGCCCUCUCUCCCCUUCCCGGCCCACACUCCUGCCUGCCCGUCCCCCAUCAGCGUGGCCUUGGACAGCACCUCGGUGUCUGAACGGCGAGUGGAGGCCAGUGACGGAGAAGGCGAGGGGAACCCUGCUGCUCGGGCCCCCGUAGGUGGGAAUGUGUCCAAAUCUCGCAUGGCUCUGUCGCUGCGUCGUCUGCUGAGGCGUGGCUGCACACCUGCCACCAUGUUCGCCAGCUUGUCGCCCAAAUGCCACUCAGCUGCCGGGACAAGUAGCCGCAUUCAGCCCAUCAGCCCGGAUCAGCCCAGUCAGGCUCCACCAAGACGGAUUGGCAAUUUCUUCCAGAUUAAAGUGGAUAUCCCUCCAGAGUGUCGUAUCUACCCCAUAGAGUCUGAGGACGAGGAGGAGGAGAGCAGGGCUGCCUCUCGGGGAGGAGUGGGAGCCAAAGAGAUCAUCUGCCCCUGGGAGAGCCUCACUCCACACAACGGGACCGGCUAAUCGGCUGCCUUCACACAGGUAUAAAAAAAAUGGGGUUUUUAAAUCUGCGUCUGUCUGAACAGGCAGAUUUUCCCAUGUUCUGGCAGAGAUAAAAGAUCCCAUACGGAGCAUAAAGGGGUAAAAUCUCUGUGUAAGUGUGGCCACAUUCUCACCACCAGGCCGCAAACCACGACAUAAAUACCAAACACGACACAAACAGUCACUCUGGGACACUCUGGAGACUCUGUUUACACUGAGCAUCAACUUACUGUGUCCAAGUUUAAACUCCUUAAAGGAAAACUACUGUAUGUUAAGAGUGUCAAACACACGCUGCCUGUGGGCCUGAAAGGACCCAGUUUCAUGUCUAAUCCUCUUCUCCACUGUCCACACUCAGUGUUUUAUAAAACAGUCAGUUUCUCCAAAAUAUGGCUGAAUACACAGUUUAUUCCUGCUGUUUAUCACUGAGUCCCAGUUCCUCCAGUGCAGCUCAUCCCUUUUAAGAAAUAUUUGACCAGCCACCAAAAAAGACUGUAAAAGGUUUUUUUUGUAUUUUAUUCUUUUUUUGUUUAACUGUUCAGUGAUAAUUUCUUUAAAGGGAGACUUUGAUAUUUUUCAGCCUGGACCAUAUUUUCCCAUAUUUUUGUGUCUAACGCCACCCUUCUGGGACAGCGCCCAGAGAUUUAAAGAAGGCCGGAUACUUUGCGGUGCUGUUCGUGCGUACAUACAAACAACAGUCAGAGAACUCCUCUUAGCGACCCGCAGUCGCGACCCUCUCGUUUUCCACAGAGAACUCCAACACAAGCCACGAGUUUGUUUCCACACCCAGUGCUGCAUGUGGAGGUGAGCCCAGCUACAUCUAGUUGGUACCACUCCACCUCCCGCACCAGCUCCAGUUCCUUCCCCACCAGAGUGGUGACAUUCCAUGUCCCUGGAGCCAGUCUGCGCCGCCGGGGAUCAGCACGCCUCGGUGCCCUACCCCUGUCUGCCACCCAGCACACAAUGCACCAAACCCUUAUCCCUGUCCCUGUAGGUAGUGAGCCCACAGGGCGAUGGCUCCUUAUUUAUUUGGACUGAGCCCACUCGGGCUCCGUGGCCACCAGACGCUCACUGGUGAGCGGCUUAUGUGUUUGCCACUUUCUUUUUUCAUUUUAACCCACACCAUGAUCUUUUCCUGACCCUAACCAAAUGGUUUUUGUGUGUAAACCUAACCAGACCUUAACCACAGGGCAUCAUGAUGAUUUUGGAACAACGGGACUUCGGAGCAAUGGGUUUAAUAUGGUCGGAACAAUGGGAUGUCGGACCAAUGGGCAGUUCCCGAAAGUGCGCUCUGCCAGUCCAAGAGCGCGGUGCUCUGGAUAAACGAACAGUACAUUCAGACAGCGCAAAUUUAUGAAUGGUCCAGUUUGUGCCAGAGUCGCUCCGAAACUCAGAAUGAGUCUUUCUGAAUGCACCACUCACAUCAUCUUCCUCCAUUGUCUAAAACAAGCCAACAGAACUUGCUGGCUAGCACUAGCUAAUGUCUGUGGAGAAUUGUUUUGCCUCCAGCUAAGCCCCGCCCACUGAAAAACAUCAUACCGUUUUCUCACAGUAAAAGGGUCUAUACACCUCCUUUUGGACGCUGAAAUCUUGACCUGUAUUACAACAAUGUCUGCCAACAAUCAAACUACAGCUGAGAUAUGGAGGUUUUUAUCCAGUGUUCAUCCAUUCUACUUUAACGACUCCCUGGGGAUCAACCACAUCACUACAAUGUACACUGACAACACGUGUUGCCCAGAGUGGUGACAUUGCAGCCUGUUUUGCAGCUGUUGCCAGCAGCGCUGUUGCUCAGUACUGAGUUGCUUUCAUAAAUUGUUUCUAUUCAUCAAUUUGACACAAAAGCAUGGAACAAUAGGGCCCAGGUUGAUAAAAACUAUGGUUUCCUUUAAAGUUGUGUUUGUGUCUGGAUGUUUGGGGGUGGCAGAGCUUUCAUCACACAGCCAGAAAUAUAAAUCUGUUAGAAUAAAAACACCAUGAGUAAUCUUCUGUACAUAGUUUUAUAGUGCAAACUCCUCCUCAGGUUGUUAAAACCCUAAACAAAACACUGUUGGUGUCCUGUGAUACUGCACCAGAAGCCGUUUUCAACCACAUUUUGGCACAAACACAUCUAACAGGCACUUAAAUGUUUGAUUCUCUGUGUCUUUGGUGGAGCGUUCCUUUAACUCACAGCCUUAUUGACACUAACCCUUACUGAUGUGAGCACCACCUGAGCCAGCUGUUUAGGUUGGAUGUUUAGUUUUGUGAGGCGCAGCUCCGCCAGAGGACGACAGGGUGUACGAACAUCCACAAGCUUUGGGAACUUGAGCUGCAGCUUUCAAACCUCAUUCUGUAUUCAUUAACAAACAGUAGCCUGACAGCAGCCUUAUCCAACGUCACACACCUGAAAUGUUUUGUUUAUUUGGCCUCAGAUGUUUCUACGGAGCAGGCGUGUGCGCAGACGUUCAGGGCCACGAGAUCAGAAAAAAACAAAUGAAGAAAUUGUCUAAAUUAUUUUUGUGAUCGCUAACAAGCGAGAUAUAUAAAAACACAUUAAUGUUUACAUCCUAAAAAGUGAAGCCAAAGCAGAUGACAUAUUUGGACUCUGCCUGUGCACACGCCUGCUGAAACUAAAAUGUAUUUAUAUAUUUAUUGAAUAAAGAUUUCUGAAGUAGAGAAGUGUUCUUGUGCUGCUAAAUAGAUUUAGAUGCCUCAUCCGCAGUGUACUUACCUCUCACACACGUUAUGUGAAAUGACCGAAUAGAUGCAGUUCAGGUAAAACGAGAGCACAUGAGCAGCUUGUCUACGUGUCACUUUUUUUGCUCAUCCUCUGCCGACAGACUUCAUGAAUGAGGAGUUGCUGUACCGGGGGGUCAGGUGAUAGUUUUGUAAUUGACUCCACUGCUGUUUUUGUAGCUGUCGUGUACUGUGCACUACUCUCAGCGAGGUGUUGAUAUCUUUCUCACGCGUCUCUCCGUCUGGGGAACAGUACAAUGUGAAUUAACUGUCUGAAUGUAUUAUCUUUACCAUGUUUACAGAUGCAAGAAUGUGAAAAAUACCUUAAACUUGUUGUAUUUGAUUUGUACAUUCCAUGGCUUGUG